UAAGUAGAAAUAUAUUUAUAUAAAAUCACCCCGUCAACAGAGCCCUCUCCUCUACCUGUAUAUGAAUUUCACACACACAUGGAGAUAUAGAGAGAGAGAGAGAAGUAAGAGUUCUUGGAUUCUAGAGAGAGAGAGACACUGCUUUUGGUCAAAUCUUGAAAAACUGGCCUCGUCUAUGCCGUACUGGGCAGCCAUAGGAAACAUGAGAGAUCUAGUUGAAUAUUUGAAACUGGAAUAAACUUUUCUUUUACAACUCUUUAAGGUAAUAAGUUUUUAUGUUGUUUCAAGAAGUCACGUAUACCAGUUCUAUUUGAGCAUUAUUUUAUAUUGGUAGCCAAAAGGAAUAUCUAUAAUCUAUACCCACUCAACCCUCAAUAUUCUACUCCUACAAACUCAAAAACGAGCUUUUGUAGCCUCCCAAAAUUUGGCUUCUGAUGAGACAGUACUGAUCAGAAUUCUGAAAACCCAUCAACUAUCUUCCUCUCUAAUCUUUCUUUAACCGACCAUCUCUUUUUGGUUUUCUAUCUUUUUUCCUCUUUGGGGUUAGUUUUCAGUUUUUCAUCGGUAGAGAAAUGUGGAAUCUCAAUGAUUCACCAGAUCAAACUAGGGGGGAUGAAUCCGAGGGUUAUUCGGAUGACAAGCUUAAAGGGGUCGGAUCUGUGUCUAAUUCAAGCUCGUCGGCGGUAGUUAUCGAGGAUGCUUCAGAAGAUGAAGAUGCAGAAAGAGGUAGAAAGAAAAGGAGCAGCAAAAUAUUUGGUUUUUCUUUUGCUCAUAACGAUGAUGACACGGAUCCAUGCUCGUCGCCGGUUACCCGGCAGUUCUUUCCGGUCGAUGAGUCUGAAACUGGGGCUACAUCAAGCGACCGACCACUCAAUUUACCAAGAGCUCAAUGGUUUGGAGUUAAAUUCUGUAAGUCUGAAUCCCAAGGCGGCGGUGGAGGUGGUUUUGGGAAGUCUGCAGCGGCUGAGGUUGCACAGCCACUCAAGAAAAGCCGCCGGGGGCCUAGGUCUCGUAGCUCUCAAUAUCGUGGGGUUACCUUUUAUCGGAGGACUGGCCGGUGGGAGUCACACAUAUGGGAUUGUGGAAAACAAGUUUAUUUGGGUGGAUUUGAUACAGCACACGCGGCAGCUCGUGCAUAUGAUAGGGCAGCCAUUAAGUUCCGUGGAAUGGAAGCAGACAUAAACUUUAAUCUAGAAGAUUACGAAGAAGACCUAAAACAGGUACUUCAUUUGAAGAGAGAGGGGGGGGGGGGGGGGGGGGGGGGGGGGGGGGGAUAUGUUUAUUUGGGUCUGUUUGAUACUGAAGUCGAAGCUGCCAGGGCUUAUGAUAAAGCUGCCAUCAAGUGUAAUGGGAAGGAUGCUGUUACAAAUUUUGAUCCCAGUAUUUAUGAUGAAGAACUCAAAGGUGCAGAAUCUUCUAACAACACAGCAGAUCACAAUCUAGACUUGAGUUUGGGGAAUUUAGCCUCAAGGCGUAGCAGCAAAGAAAUGGAAGACAAUAGUCGAGAUCAGCAUUGUUCGACAAUGCCAUUUGAAUUUGAUUGGCGACACCAGGGGUCGCGAUCAGAGCUUAGUUUCCAGAAUCAACCGAGCCCAGUUGACAGAAGAGACCGAAGAGAUGGAUAUAAUGAAACCGAUACUUUACGGCUUCUAAGCCAAACGCACAUUCACUCUCCCAGUUCGUUGACGGCUAACGAAAUGCACCAAUAUGGACAGUUCACGAAAGGCCACGAUCCCCGCUUUCUUCAAAUGUUUGCACCAUUUGGCUCCCAAAAUUUUCAAAUUCAGUAUCCGAGCAGCAGCAAUGUUGGUGGUGGUGGAACUACGGGCAAUGGAGGAGAAAUUUCUCCCUCAACAAAUGAUCAGCAGUGGCAGACAUAUUCACCUCAAUUAUUUGCUACUGCUGCAGCAUCAUCAGGAUUCCGACAGCAAAUACUGAAACCUCAAAAUUGGCUGCAGAAAAAUAGUGUCCACCCAAUUACGAGACCCUCAUAGUCGGCAUAUUCUCGUUUUCUGGCAGGUCAUUGUCUUCUAAUUCUGCCAUCAAAAGAUCUCCAUUUUCUUUGAAGUCUGUAAAAAUCCUAAUCAGGGACAAAAAAAAAUUAUGAUUAGAAUCUGAAACGAGGUGGAGAAAUUUGGAAAAAUCAAAUGUUAAUUGGUCCAAACUAAUGGCAAAAAAUCUUGGAUAAGAUCUUCUGCCUUGUUUUCAACGAACAGUUUUCAAUGCGUUGCGAAAAUUCUUUGAUGGCCUGAUUUGGUGGCACUCUAUAUACCUCCAUUUUAGAUACCCCUCGACUAGAAGGCUUGGACUACCGUAACGACUCUAAUUCUAGAGUUCGACUCAUGGUUGUAUAGCUAUUUCAACGCGAUAAGUUUUUCCAAUAUGCUUGCUAAUAAUGCACCCUUUUAGAUGUGAUCUUCAUUACAACUGAGGGAUUUGGAAGGAGUAAUGCUAUUUGUAGUCCUUCAUCGUCGUAGUUUUUUAUGUGGUAUAUAUGUGGUGGAUAGUGAUUUGA